AUGAAACAUAAGGUUAAACGUGAUAUAAUGAAAUGUAAAAAAAAGCUGGAAAGUUCUAUAAAAGCAUUAGAAGAUAAAAUUUUAAGACUUGAAUCAGAAUAUCAUAAGAAUUGUAAUGUUAAUGGAGGGAAUUUAAUAAAAGGAUGGGAAAGUCAUUUAAGAAAAACACCAUUAGAACCUUUGAGUUUCAGGACAUUUAGAGAUGACUAUGGAGAUUCAUAUGUAGAAAGAAUGUUAUCAUUAACAUCAUGUACGUCUCCUGCCACAGCUUUAUUUCCAAGUGAAGAUACAAUAAGAGAAAAACGUAAAAUGUAA